AUGGGCUUUUUAACCAAGUUGCGCCGAAGCUCGCGACGCAGUGGGAGUGCCACCGACCCGUCGCCCCCCGUUUACAGCGUACGCGGCUCGGAUUACACCAAGCAGCUCUCCCGUCCAGUGCUGGCGCGCAUCUUUUUCUUUGUUUGCCCUCAUGCCCUUGAUAACACAUAUGACACUUCCGAGGAAUCUGCCAGCGAUGGCUGCAUGUCAUGCGACAUGCGCGAUCUAGCACACUGCGCCCUCGUCAACAAGCGGUGGUUUUUGACUGCGCGGACAUUGCUUUACACGAACGUUCGAAUCGAUCCCGUUCAUUACUGUGAGCUUGAAAUUGAAUUAUCCGUCAAACGAAAGCGCCGCUCGUUCUUUGACCGCAAUGGCGACCCAAUCGAUGCUCCUCAGGUCCGUUUAGAGCUAUUCAUGCGAUCGGUGCGGGAAUCUCAAGGGCUAGGGAACUUGGUUUUGUCGCUUCGACUGCCAUACAUGACCCGCGAAGCGAACAAGGCCACCAUCGCCCGCACUAUCUCCGUCCUUCCUAAUCUCCGCUAUGUUGAUCUGCCGGUGGGUCUUUACAGUGACGAGCAGUCAUCUCUACCUUUGAAACAAGAACUGAUGGCCCGCUGCCCCGAAUUGCGUCGGAUGACAUAUCGCCGAGGUGCUGAGAGUGGCUUUGCGCGUCUACCAGGAUCCCAGCUAUGGAUGAACUUGGAGGUGCUCGAGCUAUCGGGGGUACAAAUGGAGCCGAGUACUCUGCGCAGCGGGUUGGGUGCAUUCCCCCAUCUUCGGGACCUCAAGCUCGAAGCCCUCAGUUGGCUCGACGACUCGGCAUUUGCUGUGAACGUGCCUCUCCCACCAUUCCCUGCCGUCCAGUCUCUUACACUUCGCGAUACCCCCAAUGUCACGGCAAGCGGGCUUGCCACAUUACUGUCUUUGCCAGCGAACAGAGCGAACUUGCAAUUUUUGAUAUUAUCUUCUACCGGCAUAGCCCCGUCACAACUCUAUCGCAUUCUCCCAGGGGCUCCGCGACUCGAGAGUCUUUCUGUCAUCCAGGAGGUCUCUCGCUCAUUCCCCAUGGAGCAGAUUCCCCCUUUGGCAUCCAAGUCGCUGCGUCUCUUGCACUAUGAACUCACAUCUAAGACUGAUAAUCACGGAAUGCCACCGGUGGCAUCCUCAUACUAUACUUAUCUUAUCUCAUCUUUGAUGGCCAGAACAUUACCAGCCCUGCGAGACUUAUACGUCCGGGAUUCCCAAUUUCCCGACACGCUGUUGCUGAUGCCCCCACCGCGACUCUAUGGUGGCGGUGAAAAUGGACCCCAGCCAAGGGGGGGCCUCUCACAACCUCUGAACGUGUAUAGCAAGGGGAUGGAUGAGUUCGAGUGGAAUUUUACCCCCUACGACCCCAUGCCAGGACAUGCACGUCGCGACACCAGCACGCGUCCCGUAAGCUUCCACGAGGCCCAACUGAAUCGGUCCUGGGGCGGCGAUUCGCGCAAGAGCGUUCUCGUCGGCAACGGGUUCGGUGGGUUCCUUGCUGUCCCAACUGAUGAAGAGCGACCGAGAAGUAGUCAAGGACAUAAACGAUUGAGUAAGCAGGAUCUGUGGCGGUGA